CACUUGUACUCGAACUCAUGAUAUUGUCUUGUUCAUAGACAGUUUCUGUAAAACAGUGAUUAAUCUAAAAAUGGCAUGUUUUUUUAUCUAAAUAUUCAAAGCGGUGUCAACUGUUGAUUCAUUUCCUUCACAUGAAGUCUCCUCCAUCUCAUCGUCCGAGAAGCUAAAUUCUUGCUCAGCCCUAUGUAUGUCGUGUCCUGGUGUUAAAUCACACGUCCAACUGUUAGCAGCAGAUGAAUAAUACAGCUGUUUGUGCUGGUAGUAUAAAUUAUAGAGUGUCUUGCUUAUUUUUUCAUUGCAAUGUUCAGUGGAAUCGCUUCGCUUUUCCAUUGUAUACACUGUACUGUAUAUGUAUUUGUGUGUGGUUGUAGUACCUCAGCCAUGUGGUCGGGGCUGCAGUGACAUCAUGUGGGAGGAUCUCAGACCAGUAUAGCAAGCCUCGCCCUCUUCCCAAAAUGUAUUGAUGGGUGUGGCCUAAUAACUGAUCAGCACGUGAACUAUAAGUCAUUGAACACGUGGUUCAGCCAUUGUUAUAGAAGUCUAUUAUACGUACCUCUGCUUAUAGCGGUGCGAUGGCCUACCUACCAACCACAGUUUUUAUUCUACCACAACUCCAUCAAGAUCCAAAUCUACUGUUUCCCAAAGCCAAAGGACACAACUACCUGUACCUCAUGACAGAUCUAGCUUACAUGCCUAGAAUGGCUUUGGAAGACUUAGUUGAUGAUGUUAUGAAUGACAGAGAGGAAAUGUCUGACAAUGAAUGACAAUGAAGACUUUCGCUUUGGUGAUUUGGAUGACCCAGACGUAGUAGACCCGCCUCCAUACCGUUGAUCAGCGAGUUUAUACACUCUCUGAUGCCCCUCCUUCCCAUGCUGAUCAGCUUAUGACUAUGAUGCAACAGCAGCAAGCUCAACUUCAAAAAGUACUUGAUGGACAACAAGCAAUGGAAUUACGUCAAAGUGUAAUGGAUACCAAACUGGCUAGUUUACAGGAACUCCUCACCCUCAAGCAGCUCUGAUGGGAAACGAAAACGUGUGGUCACUCGCACAUUAUCCUGCAAAGUAUAUGCAGUUCAUAAGCAACUGGAUGUUCUGUUUGAUACAUCUGAAGUAUUCUCUUCCAGUCACAACAAAGGUGUUCAAGAAACAAUUGUGCAAGAGAUACAAGAUCAACCUGAAUGCAAAUUUAGUGACAAAGAUAUAAGACGUAGGUAUUGCAUACUUUUCCGUCUUUAGUAUUUAAGGAGAUGUUAUGAAAACCUAAGGCGGACAUUCCUUGAACAACAAUCGGGAAAAGAAGAGCUCGUUGAGCAACAGUCCAAACGCAGAAAGUAUCGUUCUCGGCGUGAAAGAUUAAUUUUUAUGAUAAACUAGUAGUAUUUUAUUUGCUAUUUAAUUAUAGAAAUUUCAAAGGCGGUCAUCUGUGGUAACAAAGAACGAGAUGGAUAAGUAUUGGAAAUUGCUCAGUCUGGCUUAUGUCACGGAAGAGAGUGACGAUCCAGACAACCCCAAUGGUAUCAUUAAACACAAACUUGACUGGCGUUCUGAGAGACUUUCCACUUUCAUGAGCACCCUAGACUCACGCAUUGCCAAGAAGCAACCUACAUCUCCAGGGUUAGUGGCUAAAAAAGUACGGAAGCUGGGUGAACCUUCCAAUACUACACCACCGGAUGAUGCUCCUAAAUGGGCUGUCAACAGCGAUGUUAUUCAGAGUACAUCACGCAACAAAGAGAACGUCUCGCCAGAUGAUAAUGCUCAAGCUCGCGAUCAAGCUGUCUAGUGACAUGAACAUUGUGAACAUAAUUAUUGUGCACAUGCAUGGUUGUGAAAAAGUAUUGGAUGAUGUCAUUAAAAAAAUUAAUUUAUCAAUGAGUUUACAAGCGAGUUUACACAAAA